AUUGGCUGCUGAUGUGGAGAAGCGUAUGGUUACCAAGGAGCUGAGUUCUUCCGGUUUCCAGUGCUUUUCAGUUAUACGCUUAUUUGAUAGAGCAGACUGCUGACACGGACUGUAAGUGCGAGGAGCGGCGAAAUGGCAAGUGUAGAAACGGAGUUCCUUCGAGAACAAGGGCAAAAAUCAAGAGAGAAAUUAAAGCGGUAUGAAGAAAAUGUAUUUUCCGAACAUAAGGUACUACAGUCUCCUGGGAAUUUAAGGAAUGAUGACACCGUCUCACCCAAUCUUUCUGAGAAAAGAAAUGCUGAUUUCCGAAUUGGGGAAUAUGACAAAUACAGUGAGGAAAUGAGUAACCACCUCCAUUUAUAUCAGGCUGAAAUGGCAGAGAUGAGAUUAAAGUUGGAAAGCAUUAUAAAGGAAAAUGAGACGCUUCACCAGCAAUUAAAAGAGUCCCUGGAGAAGCAGCUGGAGUCGCUCCCUAGUAAUGCUGCUCUGGCCAGCGAGGCUUCUGCAGAACAAGAAUUCAUUCAAAACCUACAGGAACAAUUGCAACUCGCGAAUCAAGAAAGGGACAGUGCAUUACAGCUGUGGCAGACGGUUGCGCAGGAAAUGGAUCGCUUGCAAGUCAUGUACCAGAAACAUAUGACGGAUGCACAUUUACAUGUGGCAGAGAGACAGAAGCAAAAGGAAGAGCUAACAAAUCUUCAGCAGUUCACCAAACAACUUCAUGGCGCACAUGAAAAGUCUGAACAGACAAAUCAACAGUUUCUUCAGACAGUGAGUGACCAGCAAAUAGAAAUCAACCAACUUCAAAAACAGCUAAGGCAAGCCAAAUUGGAUGUAAAAGUAGGAACUAUGAAAGCUGAGGAAAUGGCUACAGUUGUAAAAUCAUUUGAAGAGCAGGUGAAAAGAAAGGAGGAAGAGGUGUCGGUAGCCCGGAGCAAGGAAGACGCGUCAGACAAACGGGUGCAACAGCUUCAGACCGCAGUAACGCAAUUAGAAACCAGGCUGAAGGCAGCAGGGCAAGAUGUAGAACAGUUAAAAGGAGAAAAAGCACGAUUAGAAAAGCACCUUGGGGAGCUGCAGACGAGAUAUUCCGAAUUGGAAGUUGAGAAAUAUGAAGCGGUUUCCAGAGUGCGUGACAGUUUACAGAUCGUAGAAGAGGCCAAUCUACAGAAGGACCAGGCACUUCUUAGAGAAAAGCAAAAGGAGGAAGAAAUUCACACUAUGAAACAGGCAACCGCUAAGAUAAUUCAAGAAGCUGCUGCAAGAACACGAAAGGAGGUUGAUAACGCCAAAAAGCUAUGUAAUGUAAAGAUCUCACAGCUGACCAGCGACAUCUCAGUUCUGCAAAGGGAAAGUGCUGAGAAGCAAAGCCUAAUUGAACGUGCCUUAAGAGACAAGCGAGCUGCAGAGGAAGAACUGGAAAAGGUGUAUCGAGAAGGCCGGGGAAAUGAGAAAGAUUAUAGGAAGCUGGAGGAACUACAGCAGCGAUGCCUGAUUGCAGAACGCACAAAAGAUGACCUCAAGAUAAGUCUGAGUGCAGUGCAAAAGAAGAGGAAACAACUGGAGCUAAACUCUGAAGAAGAGCUGUCAAGGUGCCGAGAAACUAUUCUAAAGCUGAAUGAGGUUUUGGAAUCUGAGAGAAAAGACAGUAGAUCUGUGAGCGAGGAAAGGUUGAAACUCGUGCAGGAAAAUGAGCAGUUACGGAAAGAUGUGGAAGAAUGGAAGAAGUCGGCUGCUGAGGCACAGCAAAAACUCACGUUUCAGGUGAGCACUUUGGGACAUGAAUUUUCGGUAAAGGAACAGGGCUUCAAGGUGCAGUUGCAGGAAAUGGAAGAUGGAUUUCGAAAGUCUAUAGAAGAAUUAAUGAAGCUUCUGAUGGCUCAGCAGAAAGCGAGCUACAAGUGGAAAGUGGAGACGACUAACCUUACUAAAAGCACGGAGACCAGGUUGAGAAAACUGCGUAGUCAACUGAAUGAUCAGAAGAGGAACAAUCAAGAUUUAAUUUCUCAGUUGGAAACCGCCCAUGAGAAAAAUGAGGAGCUUGAAAACUUGAUAGCGGAUUUACAGGAAAAAAGUAUACGGCUUCAGAAACGUUUGGAUCAAGCAGAGGAGCGAUCAGUAGAGGCUUCAAAACAGCUCAGUCGUGUUGUUUCCCAGAGGAGAAAAACAACUCAUGAACUGGACCUUGAGAAGAUCUAAAAAUAAAAGUACAACUGUUAUAAUUGGGAUGAUAUAACUUGCAGUAAAACACGGAAGAACAUAAAGAAUUAAUGACUCCUUGUCAAUGCUGCAGUGAACAGCAAUGCUCCAGUUGUAUACUAUCUAUGACAGUUUUAUAAUGAGAAAAAAUGGACCUUUGUCACAAAUAUAUUUUUAUGCCGCUUUUAUUUUUAAUAUUGUAUAAUA